AUGCAUCUGGCUCUCGUCCUGCUCGUCCUGCUGCUGCUGGGUCAAGGUCUUGCCGGGUCGCCGACGGCCGUGACCACAUCGAUGGCUGCGCUCCACAGCUUCCGUGGCUGUGCGGUCCGCGAGUUCUCUUUUGUGGCCCAGAAGCCCGGCUGCAGGGGUCUGCGCGUCACCACAGAGGCCUGCUGACGCUGUCACACCUGGGAGAGGCCAGUGCCGGAGCCCUACAUUCACCGGCACCACCGAGUGUGCACGUACGCACUGACACGCUACGUUAGUGCGCGGCUGCCCGGCUGCCACCCCGGUGUCUCGCCUCUCUAUCACUACCCGGUGGCCAUACACUGUCACUGCGCUGCGUGCAGCACUCUAGACACCGAGUGCGAGUCUUUCUGA